AUUACAGACUUUCUUAUCUCCAAAUGCCUCGCCGCUUCAGACCGUUCACCUGGCCAGCUUUGAUACGAUGCACGUGAUCGACCCCGGCUUAGAUUUCCGCUUCAAGCUUCACAACCCCGCCAACCCCACUUUCCCCACGACCCAAUUACGGUCCAGAGAUCAGGUGAAAAUACAUCUCUCAACCCCCUUACUCGUUAUGCCUCUCCUCGAAAUAGCCUGCUUCAACAUCGAGUCUGGACUCAUCGCUCAAGCUGCAGGAGCAGACAGAAUCGAACUCUGCAAAAACCAGCAGUUGGGAGGAACUACGCCACUUUUAUCUGAUUUCCAGGAGCUCAAGAAACAUGUUGAGAUUCCGAUCAACGUCAUGAUCCGCCCGAGAGGUGGAGACUUCACCUACGAUGUGAAUGAGAUACAACAGAUGGGAGUUGAGCUUGAGUCAUUCCGAGAUCACGGGGCAGAUGGCUUUGUCUUUGGAAUUUUGGGUGCCGGAAAAGUUGACAUUGAGAAGUGCCGAGAUCUGAUUGAGAAAGCCCAAGGACUGCCUUGCACGUUUCAUCGAGCUUUUGAUGAGAUAGCAGAGAAAGAUAUGUUGGAGCAGUUGAACGUCUUGAUGGAAUGCGGGUUCACAUCAGUGCUUAGCAGUGGGGGCCAGAAGAAUGCUCAAGAAGGGAUUGAGGUCUUGAAGAGAUUAGUUGAGACUUCGAAGAGACGUAUUGAUGUGAUUGUUGGUGGUGGAGUGAGGUCUACCAACCUACAAGAAAUUGAAAGGGCCACUGGCAGUGGAACGUUUCACUCGAGUGCCAUCGUUGAUGGGGGCGAGGUUACGAGCAAAGAGGAGGUUGAAGCUUUGAAAGGCAUAGUCCGAAGAUAAUCGAAAGACUUGUUCAACCGGUCGUAAGAAGUAGGAAGCUAGGCAUCAACAGACGAAUAAUGACCAUGCCUUCGAUCAUAGGGGCUCCUAUCUAUUUCCUACGUGCAAUCACUCAUGAGAGGGACAUUGGUCCAUACUGUCUGCUCCAUGGAUAUACGGUCCAGCAUGUCACGAAACAUUGGAUUUGGACCUACUACAUCUUUCUGCAGAAUAAUAAAUUCGGUGUCUAGAAUAGUAUUUUGUUUAGCGCUUGGGCUCAAUUCAGACUCCACGGCCGUUCCACUCACGGGACUGAGGUCUAUUGCAUGCCCAAGGAGAAAGCGUCCUGUGAAAGAGUAAAUGCUUCAAAAACCAUGGGUAUCAUUGCUCAAUUCCAAAU